AUGACAAAUAUAAUUAUUGAAGAAAAAACUGAAAGCACAACACUUUAUGAAUUUCCAAGUAAUGAAACUGGAGUUGAAGGUAUCAAUUUGACACCAAUAAUGGGUCAAAAAACAAAUGAUCAAAAAGAAAAUGAAGAUAAAGAGGGUAAUGGUGAAGAAGACAAUGAUAAUGAUGAAAGUCAACCGAAAGUAGAUUAUUUUCUUGAUUCAAACGAAGCAGAGAAUGAAGGAAUAAAGAAUGAUGGAGAUAAGAAUAAAAAGGAAGGUGAAACUGAAGUAAAAAGAGAAAGAUGGAAAGAACAAUGA